UUAAAGAACAAAUAGAAAAUAUUUUUUUAUUUGUAAGCAAAUAUUGCAUUACUUUUGACGACAAUAUAUCCUCUGUAUAGUCAGCGAAAAUAUAUCUCAAAUAUCUUAUAAGUGAAAGCAGUGAAUCCUUCAUUUGAAAUCAGUCGUUAAAAAAACAGUUUUCUGGGCAUAUUUUACUGUGUUGUUGGAUAUAUCAGAUUAAGUAUGGACAAAACAAGUAUCCUGUUUACGCUGUUGCUGACUUUUAUGGUCGCUGGUUUCGAAGCGUCAUUGAACGGGUGCAAAUGCGAGAAAGAUUUUGCUCAAUGUAUGUCCUCACAUUUCACAUUCGAACAAUUCAUCAUUUGCAGAAGAGCAAAAAACAUGUGCAUAAAAUCAUGUGACUAUUCUCUUAAGCGUCGUUUUAUACGAAGCAUUCACGCAAGUCAGGAAACAUACGGUCGUUGCUUUGCGAAAUGUCAACUUGGUAGUGCUCUUUGCUUGGUUGCUAGGCAACAAGUUAAAUUUUGUGCAAAGGAGAAAUUUUCUGUAUGCCUUUCAUCGUGUUAUUAAGGGUUUUUCAAUUUACCCUGGGAAAUCCAAGAUAUAAUGUUCGCUAUCUAAGCAAGUAGAUGCGAGUAUCGACGGGCAAAUUCCCUUCUUCUUGCUUACUAUAUUUCUAAUUUUGACGAUCGCUGACUAAAAUCUUAAAAAAAACAGCUGCAAUGACUGCAUUUACAGAAUCAAAAGUGAUACUUUAGUCGUUCAUAGAGAAAUAGAGAGUAAUAAAUCUACAAUCUACUUAGCGUGCAUUUUUUUAGUGAGUCACGCGAAGUCAAAGCGUGAUGUAACAAUAUGACAUUAUACAAUAUUUAUCUGACAUGAGAUUUGACACUAUUUUUAAUAUGUUUUAUAAAGCUUGGUUCUCACUAUGGGCCAAUGAUGAGCUAACCAUAGUGCGCAUAAUGUGUUAGUACUUCGAGAAGACAACGUAGCCUGGAAAGAGAGGAAAAUCUUUCACCCUGAACACCAACUCUUCUACUUCAACGUCAUUUUUUUAAUUUUGUCAGCUGUUUUAAUUUUAAAAUUACCUUUCACAACGAAACAAACUACUAUUUUUAACACGAAUAAAUCGCUUUAAGCACGAUUUAUGUCGGCUUCCUUUGAAGAUUGCUGAAGUGAACUUAUCUCACUGUUAGCCGAAAAAAAAAUAUCAAAAAAUUUUGAUUUGAAAAAAUCGGCUAAUGAUGACCUAACGAAGAGUUCAUCUGUGGGCUAAGCAGGUACUUUUACGCUCACACUAUGGGCUAAGGUCUUAGCGCGUCAUGUGCACUAUGGUCAGCUUAUCGUUAGCUCAUUUACACAAUAGGAUUAACGUAGCUACGUUUUUUUUAUUUAUUUUUGACAGUAUUUAUUUUCGACAAUAGUUAAACGUGGUAAUAUAAUCUUGACGAUUAUACAAAAAAUAUAUAAAUAAUAAAAUAAUAUAAAUAUACAAAACUUGUGUAAUUUGUAUAUUUUGUUGUAAACAAAGUAAAAGGAAUACUAUAUAUAUUUUAAGUAGA